AAACACUAUAUAUACUCCAAUAAUUCAACACAAUUGAAUUGAAUUUGCAGAAAGCUAGCUAGCUAGGUAUAGGAAGUAUGGGUUCUCAAGCAACAACUUACCACAUGGCUAUGUAUCCCUGGUUUGGCGUCGGCCAUCUCACCGGUUUCUUCCGCCUCGCCAAUAAACUAGCCGGUAAAGGUCACCGCAUCUCCUUCUUGAUCCCCAAAAACACUCAAUCCAAGCUUGAAUCUUUCAACCUUCACCCACACCUCAUUUCCUUUGUUCCCAUCGUCGUACCGUCCAUUCCCGGCCUCCCUCCCGGCGCCGAGACCACUUCCGAUGUCCCCUUUCCUUCCACCCAUCUACUCAUGGAGGCCAUGGACAAAACCCAGAACGACAUUGAGAUCAUCCUCAAAGAUCUCAAAGUGGAUGUUGUGUUCUAUGAUUUUACCCACUGGCUACCCAGCCUGGCACGGAAGAUCGGGAUCAAAUCAGUAUUCUACAGCACCAUCAGUCCGCUCAUGCAUGGCUACGCUUUAUCCCCGGAGCGGAGAGUCGUCGGGAAACAGUUAACUGAAGCCGACAUGAUGAAAGCUCCGGCCAGUUUCCCGGACCCGUCGAUCAAGCUCCAUGCUCACGAGGCGCGGGGGUUUACUGCUAGGACGGUAAUGAAGUUCGGUGGCGAUAUAACUUUCUUUGACCGGAUUUUCACGGCGGUGAGUGAAAGUGAUGGUUUGGCGUACAGUACUUGCCGGGAGAUUGAAGGCCAAUUCUGUGACUACAUAGAAACCCAGUUUCAAAAACCUGUCCUACUCGCCGGCCCAGCUUUACCAGUCCCAUCCAAAUCCACCAUGGAACAGAAAUGGUCGGAUUGGCUGGGGAAAUUCAAGGAAGGCUCUGUUAUAUACUGCGCAUUUGGGAGCGAAUGCACCCUGCGCAAGGAUAAGUUCCAGGAAUUACUCUGGGGUUUAGAGCUCACAGGAAUGCCAUUCUUUGCUGCCCUGAAACCACCAUUCGAAGCCGAAUCAAUCGAAGCAGCCAUCCCCGAGGAGCUGAAGGAGAAAAUACAAGGAAGAGGGAUCGUACAUGGCGAAUGGGUUCAACAGCAACUGUUUCUCCAGCAUCCAUCUGUCGGCUGCUUUGUGAGCCACUGCGGGUGGGCUUCACUGUCAGAAGCACUGGUAAAUGAUUGCCAAAUCGUGCUUUUGCCGCAGGUAGGAGAUCAAAUUAUCAACGCAAGAAUCAUGAGUGUGAGCCUGAAAGUUGGGGUGGAGGUGGAGAAAGGGGAAGAAGAUGGGGUGUUUUCAAGAGAGAGUGUAUGCAAGGCAGUGAAAGCUGUGAUGGAUGAAAAGAGUGAGAUAGGGAGAGAAGUAAGAGGCAACCAUGACAAGUUAAGAGGUUUCUUGUUGAAUGCAGAUCUGGAUUCAAAGUACAUGGACUCUUUCAAUCAGAAACUGCAGGAUCUCCUUGGAUGAAUGGUUUUAGCUAGGGUUUUGGUUUUCUUGAAAAAAUGCAUAAUAAGAAGUGCAAGCUAAUUAAGAGAAUAUAUAUAUAUAUAUGCAUGCAGGUGUGGUGUGUUUGAGCUUGAUCUGUAUAAUAAAGGAAUUUAUUUAUCAAUGAAAGCAACUGAUAUUUAGGAAUAA